AUGACGGAAAAGAACGAUUUCCCCGUCUUGGUGGACGGAUUUAUGAGUGUCAGUGAUGACGCUUUCUGCGAUGAACCAGAGUUAAGGUGGUACUGUCCUCCUGAUUCCUGGCAGGAGAGUCUUGUCGAAGGACGUCGGGAAGGCCGAGAUGGAUCUUGGAUGGUCGAUGAUGACGGCCAACUCGUGGUGAAGCCACCCGCCAAAAAGGAUUUUUGGCGCAAGACGUAUUACACGCCCGUCUUUGUCAAGGACGAUGGACCCUGUUUGUUCGCCACAGUGCCUCGCAAUGAGGCUGUCAUGGCAGAAACAUGCUUUACCAUUAGUGGCACGACGCGUCAAUUCGAUCAGGCAGGAAUACUUGUCCGGUGUGACAGCGAGCACUGGCUCAAGACGGGAAUUGAAAUUGUCGAUGGAGUCCCUCGAUUGUCCUGCGUCUGCACCAACAGCUACAGCGAUUGGUCCACCCAAAAGUACUGGAAAGACACGGCCACCAAAGUCAAAAUCAGAGUUCAUUUGUUGCCCAAUAGGAGCAUUGUGGUCGAGGCAUGGGAAGACGAAACGGAAACCUGGAAUUUUAUCCGCAUUUGUCACAUGAGCAUGAAUUGCAAAUGCGAUCCAGAUCCUCUUGCGGAUCACGAAGCCGUCACCAAGGCGUGGGCGGGAAAAGCAGCACCCCCGGGACAUGUGUAUAUUGGUGUUUUUGCUUGUUGCCCAGAGGAUCAGGCAGGUACGGUUGUUACCUUUCAUGAUCUCUCGGUUGUCGCGGGGUCUACCUUUAAGCACGAUGCCGACUGCAUUCAUGAAUGA